AUGGAUUUCAACUUCCUAAUGGCAAAGUUAUUGUUGAUGCUCUGUUUCCUAACGUUUUUUUCUGUAGUAGCCGUUAUGUCUGAGGAUGUCGUACUCGAUAUCAAUGACAUCGGUUUAAUGAAGGAAGAUGCAAGGAAGGACGGGAACGAUGUCGAUGUUGACAAGACGGAUGACUUCGUGGUCGAAGAAGAAGAAGAGAGAAUGAUUUUGCAUCAAUUGGAUCCGGUGGAGAUUGGCUACGUACGGAAUGUAGAAGUUUCCCCGGGUAGAACAGUACAGAUGAAGACUGUCGCUACUAAACCACCAGUUUUCGAAAUAUUUAAUUUAUUGACCCCUGACGAGUGUGACCACUUGAUAGAGCUUGGUGAAAAGACAGGGCUUCAUAGCAGCAAGACCGAGACAGGCGGUUUCAUGAAGAAGUAUGGUCUUUACACCGAUGACGGGAUAACGCUGGUGUACAAUGUCUCAGAAUGGAAUCGGAAAUUUAAUAAAUUCGAUUCCAAUCUUGAUGGCUUCAUAGAUUAUAAAGAGCUUCACAGAUGCCUACCAGUCCUAAAAGAUCGUGAUUUGGAACUCACCCUGGCACAAGUAGUCAAGCUUAUGGUAGAUCUUGACCUAGACUCUGAUUCAAAUGGUCUCCUUAACCUUAACGAGUUUUACGCAAUGAUGACUCGGAGCCUGGAUGAUCUCGUCACCCAGUUGUUGGAGAAACUUGAAACAAACGAAAUAAAAACUGAGGAAAAGGUUAGAGGUCGAGAAAGGGUCAGUGAUCAAACUUGGCUUUUCUUUCUCACUUCAAACGACCAACUUUUGAAAGAGCUUCCAUACAGAAUAGCGACAUUAACAGGUCUCCACUCUGAUAUAGUGCGGUCAAGCGAAAGUACACAGGUUGCGCGCUACUAUCCUGGUGGCUAUUACCACGCCCACUAUGACUCUUCACCAAUCGACCCCUCCACCAGCUGUAUUCAAAGUAUGAUGACUCUGGAGAACGUUAGUCAUCUUCAUCCGAAAGGAAGGAUAUGCAGGUUCAUCACCAUAAUGACAUACUUAACAGACGUGGAUGAAGGGGGCGAGACGGCAUUCCCCUAUGCUGAUAAUGACACAUAUAGUUCUGAGGUUGCUCUGGAACAAGGUAGUAGAGUGACAGACCUAAAGAACCAUUGCCACGACGCCAAUCUCGUCAUACACCCCGCCAAGGGAAAGACUGUUAUGUGGUAUAAUCAUCAUAUAGACCCCGAAACAGGGUGGCUUGGAAAUCAGAAUUACUAUUCUUUACACGGUGGAUGUGAGGUCACUCGUGGUGUCAAGUGGAUAGCAAACAACUGGAUAGCCGUUGAUGACAUUUACAGCCGACAAAUGAAGUUCCAUAAGAAAUAUUUCGAGAAGUAUACACCAUCAUCGAAGUCAACACAGGUAAUGGCUACAGAUGAGGGAUCGAGGACUGGUGAGGAGUCACUUACCGGCACAUCGGCUGGUGAUAUCAAUGCUGCAACUUCUUCUGAUCCGUCAAACGUAGCGUCAGAGAAAGCUGAAGGACAACAACGUGAGGGCGCUUUCCAAGAUAGAAAAAUAGCAGAUGAUCCUGUUGAUGAGUCCCAUGAUACAGCUAUACGAUCUGAUGGUGUAAAGGGGGAACUCUAA